AUGUCGCGCAGAGAUCUCACUGAAUCGGCACCUGUAGCAGCGCAGGUAGCUCCUCCUCAUGUUAGCGUCGUGCGUCGACCGCUCGGACCGAGCGCAAAGUCCAACGUCGUACCCACCACCGCUACCGCCACUGCACCCACUCACGGAGUCAAACCCCAGCUCAAGAUGGAAGAUCGACUGUCCAAGGCAGAAUGCAAGAUUCACGACCUACAACGUGAAAAGAUCAACAUCCAAAACGAGCUCGGUGACCUUCAGACUGAAUUACGACUCGCGGCACAGCGCGAAGCCAAGCUUAAACACAGCCUCGACAAGUGCGAAAAGUCACACGCUGCACUCAAGGAGAAGAGCAACAAGCUUUCGGAUCUUCAAGCUAGGCUAGGAGAGCUGAACAAGGUGCAUGAAGAGUCGAAAGCGAGAAGGCAAAAGGAAAUUGUCGAGCUAACUGAAAAGCUGCAGAAGCAGGAAGAGCGACGCAAGCAUGAAACCGCCGAAGCUGCACAUACGGUCGCCAAUGAAAAAGCGAAAGCGCGUGAAUAUCAGACGAGGUACUCUGAGAUAGAAGCGGAGCUGCAACAGCUUCGUCUUCAAGGGACCGCGUCGCACGACAUUCUCACAGAAAAGCAGCGCUUGAUCGACGACCUACAGGCGCAGAGAGAAUCCGAAAAGAUCAUUGCCAUUGAUGCUCAGAAGUAUGCUCGUAAGAUCGAGGUCGAACUCAAUGCAAAGAUUGAGCAGCUGCAAGCCGAACUCGAAAGUAAGCACGAACAAGUAGCCCACACUGUACACGAACAACGAGCGGCGGCCGAAGCAGCACGCUCUGAACUCGAGUCUCAUAUUGACGAGCUCAUGCAAGAGGCGGAAGAUGUCGAGCAGCAGCACGCACACAAUCUUUCCAUGGUCUCUAAAGCCGUCUCCCAGCACAUUGAAUCAUUGCAAUGGCAGUCAAAUUACGACAAAGACGCCUUGAGAGCGAAGUGGCACCACAACGCUUUCGGACGGAUCCAGCUAGAGACGCUGGCAGAAGAGCGCGCGGCCCAAAUCCACGAGCUCGUAGCUGUGGUCAAGCAGGUCCAGCACGAUCGAGAUACUGCCAAACAGCUCGUCUCGACGCUCGAAGAGGACCUUGCCAGUAUCACUUCAGAGCUAUCCGCCGAACGUCAGCUCGCUUCUCGACUGAUUGAGCAGCAGCAAGAACAGCAGCCAUGCAGCAGCGUCGGCGCAAGUUCGAGCUGGUGCGAUCUAUCUGGUCUGACCGAAGCUCUCUACACUGAUGCAGGAUAUGCCUCUCUUGCUCAAGUUGAGCUCGAGGAUGCGCUAGCACGCAACGCUCUUCUUCAAGAAGAAACCGCGGAACUACAUGCAAGAUACAUUUCUUGCUCUACCGAAACCAAGGCUACUGAGGAAGCGCUUGCUGCUACGCGGAGCCAAGUGGCGACACUCGAAAAUUUGGUAGCAGCCAAGACGCGAGAGAUCGACAACCUCUCAUCAAACCUCUCCGAAAUUGAGCCUCUACGCAAACGUCUUGCUGAAGCCCUCGAGCAAGCUGAUGCCUCUCGCAAAGAAGCCGAGACGCAAGCGGAAGCAUCUCGCUCUCUCAUGGCCUCGUUGCAAAAUGCAAGAAUCGCUGAGAAAGCCGAACGAGACGAACGCGAUCGCAUGGCAUCGCUACUGGACCACGCCGAGCACUACGAACUGCUGUACAACGAGCUCGUCGAGCAAGCCAGGCAUCUGGUUCAACGCAAUGCACUGGCCGAAGAGCAGGUCGCUUCGCUGUCAGCGCUCAACUCGGAAUUGCUCAGCCACAAGAAUCCCAACCAGAAGAUUAUGUACAUGGAUCGCGUACGCCACGAGCUGGAUCAAGUCAAACACGAGAACCUCGAUUUGAGGUUGCAGCUGGAACGCAUGCAGGAGGAAAACGGCAUUCUGAAAAGGGAGCUAGGUAGCUACAAGGCGGUAAAUGUGCCAUUAAGCCAGAGGCCAAGAGCGGAGGUAACCAGGGUGUUGAGGGCAGGCGACCACGACGGGCUGUUGAGGCAAGUUUCUGAAUCGCUCGGGCAGCAGCCCGGACAGGCGAUCAAGCCUGUGCCGACCCUGGUUGGUACGCCAGUCAGGCCGGCUUUUGCGAACGGAACGGCCAAAACGCCAUUCACGGUGCAAGGCCCACGAUUCACUGCAGAACCGUUGCAAGCUGCUUUGCAAAAGACUAUUGCGGGCGAUGAUAGAAAGCUAGACGUCAAGGCGGUCAAAGAGACGUGUGAAACUGGUGCCGUCGUUAUGCCACAUCCACCUCUGCCCAUCGACACAGGAUUGUCGCCCAAGAAGCGACGAUCUUACGGCAACCUCUCGGUCCAUGCUGCUGAAGCACAACCCGAAAAAGUGGAGCAACGCGAGGAUCAAGGUGAGGUCGAGGACGAUACACUGCUUCCAUUGCCCAGUGCUUGCGAGGCACCGGAUCACGAUUUAGCUGUUCGACGUAGCCGUCCGCGCCACACACUGGUCAACAGUGGAGCUCUUCGUGUGGGGCAGCAGCCAGCAUCGUUGAUCACAAGCGCCGUGCCUGGUGCGAGAACCGAAUCGACCUCAGCCAUACCAUCCACUACAAGCUCUGCCAACGCUGCAGGAGGAGCGAGACGUCCAAGUCUGACCACCUCUUCUCUCGGGAUCAAAGCACGUAGAGUCUCGGAACUUGUUCGAGCCUCUACACCACCUUUGUCCUUGAUUGCCGAUUGCUCUUGCCUCGAAACACCCAACCUCCCGCUUCUUGACGCAGCACUCCCAUCACCCUCACCAUACGGAAUGACUGACUGGACGGCUACAGACGAAACAUCGCAUAUCCCCGCGCUCAAUCCUCACCGUCCGGACUUGGCCGCUUUUACCCACUCAACCCCUCUCGUCGCUCCUCCCAAACAACGAUCGAAAUCGCGCUAUUCGAAUGCGCAACGUGUUGCUCGUAACGCAGUUGAUGCUUCCCUAUCUAUCACACCUCGUGCCAAAAAAGGGCUCUUGUCAAACCGACAUGCCCAGGUGGCAGUGACUGGUGCUGGAGGAGAGAUGGUCUACGAGGACGAACACGAUUCUCUCCGCAGAGGUUGGCUCUACGAUGAAGAAGAUGGUGAGAGCGCGGAGCUGCCUGGCUUGUCCAUCGAACGUGCAUCACAGCAGCAACACCAACCGCAGAAGCCAGUGACGAAGAAGCACAAGUCCAAAGCCAAGCCAAGGCACUCGAUGAAGCUCGUCAAAUCUGGACCGAUGGCAAGGACAUUCUUCCGCUGA